AUGUAUCUGACCACCACCAAACCCAAUGUGUUCACCUCCACCCAAACCCUGACCCCGUUCCCGGCCCCCACUCUCUCCCUCACCACCUUCCCUCCUCUUCUCACAAGUUCAGCAGAGCCCAGAGCUGAGCCCGAACACAUAACGUCCAGGACCCCCUUCAGCUCCGUCACAUCGUCCACCAACGAGACUGGCCUGAACUCCACACAGCUGCCCAUGGCUUCAGUGGAAGGCGACGGGAUGGGGAUGGUGCUCGUGCCCUUUGGUAUCAUCACAGUCAUUGGGCUGGCUGUUGUCGUGCUUAUGUACAUCAAGAAAAAGAAAAAGGUAAGCAAUUGCACAUUCAUGUAUCACUUCACUACAAAAACUCAAGGUUCUUCAGUGAAUAUUUAAUUCAAGACUGAAAUCCUUUUUUGGUCUAAAUGGAAGCCUCUGAUGUUUCCCACAUAGAAGAGUGUCAGUA